GCAGCUGCGCAGAGCGAGGAGGCGCCGGAGCCCGAGAGGAACGCGCGAUCGCUCCGCGCAGCUCCGCAGGACCAGCCUCGCUCGGCCCUGUCCCUCCCGGCCUCGCACCCCCUGACCCCGCAGCCUGCCUCAGGCCACCGGCCCCGGAGGGCCCCGCGGGUCCAGCCAGACCAUGGACAAUCCCCAGGAACUGCACCAGCCCUUACUCGGGCCCCCACCCAAGGGGUCCCCGGUCAAGGAGUCCCCCGGCUCCGGGCCCCCGAGCAAAACCCCCGGGAAAAAGCAGAAGCGAGCCAAAAGCGAGAAGGCCAUAGAGAUGCUGCCGCUGCCCACCAUCAGCCUGGGCCUGUUUGAUACAAAGAGCCCCGACCUGGAGGACUAUUGGGCCAACGAGAGCGAGCUGGAGGCGAUGGGGCUCGGCCACUUCACCCCGCUGCUGUCCCGGGAUUAUGUGGGCCUCGCCGUCUUCUCCAUCCUCUGCUGCUUCUGGCCUUUGGGCAUCGCCGCCUUCUCUCUCGCCCAGAAGACUAACAAGGCCUGGGCGGCCGGCGACGUCCAGGCCGCCGGAGAGUCUGCGCGCCGGGCUUUCCUGCUGUCCGUCCUGGCCAUUGGUCUGGGGGUCUGCAUCUACACGGCGGCCCUGGUCACCCUGGCCACCUACCUGACCUCUGGGGAGACCCUCUAGAGGCUCGGACUGGCUCAUUCCCCCCCCCAAGGGCCCACUGGGGUCUUGAGUCGUGACAGCAGCCAAGACCACAAGGAAUAACCCCCCCAUCUCCCCUGUCCCCCACUUCCCUUCCCUGCCCCCUUCUCUGCCCCUUCUUGCCAUCCCUACCCGCUACUUCCUUUCCCCGGCCCCCCACUUCCUUUCCCCUGCUCCCCUUCUCUGCCCCCCAAUUCUACCUCCCCAUCUCCCCACCCCCAUCCCCCCAGAACCCAGGAAGAAACAAGGGAUUAAACCUGGGAUUCAUGUGAA